AUAUAACAAGCAAAAAUAUUAAUAGAAAAAAAGAAAAAAGUGGUGAAGAAGAAUCUCAUCGUUCAAGAAGUAUGUCUAUAGAUCGUCAGAGGGAUAAAUCAAGGGAUCGGUCUCGAAGAAGCUCUCGACGAAGUCGUCGAGAUGACC